UCCAUAAGGGCUUUCCUUUGAUUCAGAGAAGGGGCCAACCAAUGAGAGAGGGGCAUGUUAGAUUAUUUUGGGGAAGGGCUCAUGCCAGGAGGGUUCACUUUUACUAGGCGCCAAGUAGCCCCAGCAACCAGUGUCUCCUGUACCAGCAGCAGCUCCGGAGCUCUCCCCCACUCGUCUGCCUCUGCCGCGCCUCUGCCCACUGCACAGCCAUGAGAAGGCAGCUCCGGUCCAGAAGGGCCCCGGCCUUGCCUUACGGUUAUCGCUACAGACUUGAUGAUCAGGAUGAAGUGAACCAGAACUACUUAGCGGAUGAAGAGGAAGAAGCAGAAGAGGAGGCUAGGGUGAUGGUGGUACCUGAUUUGGAGGAGGAGGAGGAAGAAGAGGAGGAGAAAGAAGAGGAGGAGAAGGAGGAAGAAGAUAGUCACAGUCAGGAAACAGACAGUGCCUGGUGGCGGAAACUGCAGAUUGUGAAUGAAUACCUGUGGGAUCCGGAGAAAAGGACAUCUCUGGCCCGAACAGGUCAGAGUUGGAGCCUGAUCUUAGUCAUUUACUUCUUCUUCUAUGCCUCCCUGGCUGCUGUGAUCACCCUUUGCAUGUACACGCUAUUUCUGACCAUCAGUCCUUACAUGCCGACCUUCACUGAGAGGGUGAAGCCUCCUGGAGUUAUGAUCAGACCCUUCGCCCAUAGCCUUAACUUCAACUUCAACGUUUCUGAACCUGACACUUGGCAGCAUUAUGUGAUUAGUCUAAAUGGCUUUCUCCAGGGUUACAAUGACAGUCUUCAAGAGGAAAUGAAUGUAGACUGUCCCCCGGGCCAGUACUUCAUCCAAGACGGUGAUGAGGAUGAAGACAAGAAGGCCUGCCAAUUUAAGCGCUCCUUCCUGAAAAACUGCUCUGGCCUGGAAGACCCAACUUUUGGCUACUCUACUGGACAGCCUUGCAUCCUUCUAAAGAUGAACCGGAUUGUUGGCUUUCGUCCUGAGCGUGGAGACCCUGUGAAGGUUUCCUGCAAAGUUCAGAGAGGUGACGAAAAUGACAUCCGAUCCAUCAAUUACUACCCAGAGUCGGCUUCUUUUGACCUCCGCUACUACCCUUACUAUGGCAAACUGACUCAUGUUAACUACACCUCCCCGCUGGUGGCAAUGCACUUUACAGAUGUAGUGAAGAACCAAGCGGUGCCUGUGCAGUGCCAGCUGAAGGGCAAAGGCAUCAUAAAUGACGUCAUCAAUGAUCGUUUUGUGGGUAGGGUAAUCUUUACUCUAAACAUAGAAACCUAAGAACUUUGGGGGGCCACUCCCACCAGUUCUGUUUCUGUUUUAUUUCAUGUUACCCUGGUAGCACCUGAAUUCUUUUCUUCAAUCAGGACACAGCCAGAUGGACACACCUGAGACAGUAGACCAUUUUUCCUUGCCUUUGACAUAUGUACAAAAUGGCAUUGUGGGAACUAUUUGAUUUUUAAAGGUAGUCUCUCCUGAUGACAAAUAGAUGAUAUUCGUUUCCUUUUCCCCCAGUUAAAACUAAAAUCCAUACUUGCUGCUAGAAGUCUUAUUGUAGUGUAAACAUAGUAUCUGAUAAAAUUCACAGUAGCCAUGAAGGACAAUUUCUGUAAUGAUUAUAAAUUCAUCAUGUUUUCUAAAAAUGUGUUGUUUUUAGAGGUGAGAUUCCUCCCAACCAGGCUGAUAACUAACCCUUUUUGUUAACCUGCCUGGCAAGGUCCUGCCCUGAGAAUCACCAAGCAGACCAAUCCAGAAUACACCUAGGGCCACCAUGCCCAGGGAACUCUGUAUCCAAGGGUGCUUGUGAAAUAGGCUUUCUUGGGCAACUAAACACUGCUUCACCAACUAGGUUAUCUCCAACUGGAACAGAAGUCAUUGAUAACUGGAUGUUGUUCUGGGAUAGACCAGAACAUAGACUUUCCCUAUGACUACUUUGGGGAGGUGAGGCCCAGUGCAACUGGGGAGAACACCUACCACGUGGAUGUGACUGUUACUAGAUUCCUUGCUUUAUGGUGUAGUCAUCCAAAGGCAAAUGUUCCCGUAGAAAGGUUGUCUCUGCUUCAGGCAAAGGAAAAGACAAGGAUGAUCUCCACCACCUAAUUCUUCUUGGGCUAUUUGUUUGCCAGCAGUGUGAUGCUCUUUUGAGACCUCAGGGAUGGGUGUGUUGACCACCCUCUCACACCCUCUGCUACACCUUUGGGGACUGAAGUCAGGGUCUCCCAACUGAUACAUGGUAAGACAGAAAUCUCCUGCCAGGCCACCCUAUAUUCAAGUCCCAUUAGCCAGCUUUUCAUUUUCUUAAAAAAAUGGUAUGAGGCAGAUGUUUAUCCAGGUUGUGGAUCAGCCAGGCUGCUUUGUCUUAUCUUUGGCCAUAUGACCAUUCCGCUGCUUGUCUCUACUAGGAAGAGGGCUGGGACCAGGAGAAAAAGAGAGUGUUAGAGAAGAGUAUAGUGUCUCAGGGUCCAAAGCAAGCUUAAAGGCCACCUGGAAAUAUCCAGAGUCAGAAGCUCCUCUACAGUGUUUACCUUCUCCCAAAACAGGGAACUGACAGUUUGGUAGUGAAGACAAACAAGGAAAGAAGUAACUACAAUAUAGUGUGACAAGAGUUUUAAUAUUAGUAUGUGGGAAUGCUAUGGGAACAUGAGGAAAAAUAACUCAAGCUGAGAAAGUAGCAGAGGAAAUUUUACAUGCAAAGUCACAAUCAUGAAAGACCAUGGUAUGUUUGGGUAACUGUGAGCAGCUCAUGUAACUCGAAUGUAAAGGGCUCAGAGCAAUGGCAGGGAGGGGCAGUGGACUGGGCUAGAAAGGCAUACAGGUACUGAAAGAGGCCUUCGAGUUUUAUCCAGUAGGAGAAAAGGAGUCAUUAAAGCAUUUUAUGGGCUUCCCAGGUGGCUCAGUGAUAAAGAAUCCACCUGCUAAGCAGAAGACACAUAGGAGACAUGGGUUCAGUCCCUGGGUGGGGAAGAUCCCCUGGAGAAGGAAAUGGCAACUCACUCCAGUAUUCUUUCCUGAAAAAUUCCAUGGACGGAGGAGCCUGGCGGGCUACAGUCCAUGGGGUCACAAAGAGUCGGACAUGACUUAGUGACUAAACAACAACAAACAAAAGCAUUUUAUGCAGGGAAGCUUUGUGAUCAUACUUCCUUUGCAGAAAGAGCACUUUGGCAGCCACAUUGUGAAGGGUGCAUUGCAGAGGGACAAGACUGGGGAAUGGGCAGUGAGGCAGAAGAAAUCAAGAAUGACACUAAGGUUCUGAGCUUGGCAAGAACCACUGGGAUGGUGAUACUGUCGAUUAAGACUGGGAAUACAUGAGUGAAGCAGGAUUGGAGAGGAAGAUGUUGAGAUCAAUUCUGGACAUUUUAGGCUUGUGAUUUCUACUUGUCAGACACUGACGUGGAGCUGUAAAUAUAAGUGGGUUGGGGAAGAAGGAAAUCUGAGGACAAAAACAACAUUUGUUUAAGUGAACUCUCUUAAGAAAGUCCACGGUAUUUAAUCAUGGGAAUUUGAGCCACUUAUGUAAACAUAUCACAGCAAUCUGGUCUCUCAGGUAGCGCCUCUCUCUUGGCUUAUGGCAGAAAGGACUGCUGCUGCUCUUUGGAAUCUCCUUCCCACACACCUUUCCAACUCUUAGUGACAGUAAAGGGGGGGCUGACUGCUAUUAACAAGUGAUUCAAAGACAUGCGACAGCAGAUUUGUGGAAAAUACAAAAAACAACGAAACUGUCUCCCCUCAACUCUUUAUCUUACCAAAUUCGACUUUCAAAACUAACCUUUAAAAAGAAACCAACUUGAAGAUAACAACUUGAAAACCUCCUAACAAUCAGCUCAAAUGAUCAAAGUCUCAAGAUUUAGUAGUAACAGAUAAUAGAACAGUAGAUCUGGAAAGGAACUUAGAGAGCGUUUAGUGAAAACAACCCGCAUUGCAUCUGACUCCAGGUCCAGUGCUCUUUCUACUCUGAGCUGCUGCUUACCAGGAAGUACCAUCUUUUAAAAAAUCAAUGAAUGAUAGAUGUCCCAAACAUUUUAAAACAUAUGUCAAAUUUGGGUUAGAAUAGUUAACAUUUCACAGGAAUUCAACUGGUGCUAUAUAUUAUACAUAAUACAUGAUCCUGUUAAAUACGUUGACUAUUAAAUAGACAAGGAAUUAUGAAUCUUUUGUCAUACAGUAUUUCUCAUUCAACAGAAUCCAUCAUUUCCACAGUUUCAAGGCAAUAUUGAAUAGAAAUAGGAUACUUGGGGAUGUCAGCCAGGACAUUUAAAAAUAGCUUUAUUAUACAGAACUGGAUAUUAUAUUUAUUAAAACUGGAUUCUAACAAUUGAAGAAACUUCCAGUGGAUUAAUUUAAAUAGUCCCCUAAAUGGUGCUGUAUCAGGAUUUGAUUUGUAUACCAUCUGUUGCACUGUACUCGGUUUUACUUGAUUGUCAAUGAGAAAUACUACUUCCAAAUGCCUUCAUGAUUUUUGUCCAUGCUAGACUUAGGAUUUCUUUUACUUCUUAGCCCUUGAAAUUAUUAUUCUAACGUUACCUUUCUUAGGCAUCUGUUUGCUGGGAAUCUUCAUGUAGAAAACAUUAAUAUUGUCUUGGGGAGAUGUUGACAGCAAUAAAUUAAAAUAAAAAAG